AUGGCAGAGAUAAACAAUGAAGAUGACAACAACAACACAACAUCCACAGGUCAGUUGCCUUGGAUAAUCACUCGCAUCAUAUCAACGGCAUGGAGCUCACAUCUGCUGCUUCAAACAAAACAGUACUGCUCAUUGGAAUGGAAUGUGUCACUUGCACUCAUCUCCAAGUCGAUGUUCAAGUUCAUCUCAACAAAGAUGCUCACAGAGGUCAUCUUGGUUGAGCGUCCCAAGUUCGUUGCUCCAAAUCAAGAGAUAUUUGUCCUGGACUACGUUGAAGCGUUGCGACACAUCACCAAUGAGUACUGUGUGAUCAAGACACCAAGCAAACUCGUCAUCGAGGCAUUGCUUUGA